UGAUUCUGAUGAUUUGAAUAAAGAAGAUAAAAGGAAUAAAGAGAAGUCAAAUUGGAUAGUGUAUUUGGCUCAGACUGAAAAAUUUUCCAAUAAUGUUAAAGCCAAGGAAACUUCAGAUCAAAUAAACAAAGAGAAGUUAAAUUGGAUAGCAUAUUUGGCUCAGACUGAGGAAUUUUCUGAUGAUAUUAAAACCAGGGAAAUUUUAAAUCAAGUGACUGAGAGAUUUUCCGAUGAUGUUAAAGCUAGGGAAACUUUAAAUCAACUGGUUCAUAUAGUAUCAAUUGAAAAUGGCAAGGACAGAAAUGAUCAAACCAGUUGGUAUACGUGGUGA